CCGUCUGUUAAUUCUUUAUCCGUAAAUAUGUAUAAUAUUUCCAUGUAAAAGAGGAAAAGAAAGAAAUUUUUAAUUCUCACUUCGUUUACAUGACAUUACAACGACAGAGUAAAUGCAAAGUGUCUCGUCGAAGAAAAGGCAUACGGUAACAAAUAUUUCGUUCAUCACGUAGCAAGGAUGGCACUUUCUUCGAAAGACAUCGCGAAAUUGUUGGAUCUCCUCAAUGAGGAAAACUUGGACACCACCUUGGAGAACCUUUGCAAUCAACUGCAUCAGAGCUUCCCUAAGGAAGAGCGCUUUAAGGUUGGAACAGUAUUGCUGCUGCAGUUGCAGCAGGUCGAUCUAUUGCCUAAGCACACUCAACGUGUUGUAGCAUUGACGUUGCUGUUUGACUUGUACCGAGGGGAACCAUUAGCUUCCACGCCUUUUGCUUCUGUAUUUGUACAAAUGCUAAAGUCUCAGGAGGACAUUAACAAUGGAAGCUCGAAACCAUCCAGCCACACCGGUCAUAUACCGUUCCUGUCAAAUUGUGAAAAGAACCUACUCGUCAAUUUGAUGGGAUAUAAUCAGAAAGACGUCAUCAAGAAGACGCCACGCCAGAUCGUGGAUGAAUUCUCAUUCUCUACAGUACCGUCUAUUGAUCUGACCAAUUUGCAAUUGCAAUUGGCGGAACAUCAGUCCGAACUGCCAGCCGUUAGCAAAUGCGGAAAUCCUAUAAUACUGCCUGACAUGGAUCACUCCAAAGGAACAGAAUACGACACGGCUACCGUGAAAAAUAUAAUAGAAAACCUUGUUACUGGUGAUCCGCCCCUAUGUAGGCAGAGUUAUCGUCCAGAGUUUCUGAGGCUUGUACCACCAAUUUAUCAUUCUAUCAAUGAGAUUGCUUGGUUCCAUAUCACCGAACCGACUCAGUUUACGGUCGAGUAUGAUCCUAGCAUGUGUGUGUCAAACUGUGUCAGCUUUGAGGCACGUAAACUCAUGGGCAAAGCCUUCAAAAAUGUUUUAACAUUGAUGCAACAACAAAACUUGAUUGGUGAAUUGGAAAAGGAUCCGAAGCUCGUUUAUCACAUUGGAUUGACACCACCCAAAUUACCAGAUCUGGUUGAGAACAAUCCUCUAAUAGCCAUUGAGGUUUUACUGAAGCUAAUGCAGUCCAGCCAGAUCACAGAAUAUUUUAGUGUGCUGGUGAAUAUGGAAAUGUCUCUUCAUUCCAUGGAGGUCGUGAAUAGAUUAACUACCACUGUGGAUCUACCGACGGAAUUUGUACAUUUAUAUAUCAGUAACUGUAUAUCCACUUGCGAAACUAUCAAAGAUCGUUACAUGCAAAACCGACUGGUGCGACUUGUUUGUGUAUUUCUGCAGUCCCUGAUAAGAAAUAAGAUCAUAAAUGUGCAAGAACUAUUUAUCGAGAUUCAAGCAUUCUGUGUGGAAUUUAGUCGCAUUAGGGAAGCAGCUGCAUUAUUUCGACUCCUGAAACAACUUGAGUCUGGUGAUACCGGUGGACUCAAUGCUCCACCUACAAGAUGUAGAACUGAUAUGUGUUAAAACAUGUAACUAUAUCUAUAAAUAUUAUC